AUGAGGAUCGCGACCUUCCAGCUACGCUCACGACUCGCAGAUGUCGAGGGGAAUAUCCGAAAAGCCGAUGCACUGGUUGGAAAGCUGGACAGGAUACUUCAAGGCAAUGGCAAGAGGAAAAAUCUAGAUCUACUUGUUCUACCUGAGAUGGCAUUCAGUGCCGUGGGAUAUCCAGAGAUCUGCCCUUCGACGCUGCAAGAUAACCUAUCUCUGCAAGCCAGAACAGGGGAAGAUGUGCAGGGCGAGCGCCGAUUCAAUUCGCUUAUCGUUGUCAAAGAAUCUGGCGAGACGUUGGUGAACUAUAGAAAACACCAUCUUUACUACACUGAUGAUCCGUGGGCUCACGAAGGAGAGUCCCAUGAAAGCGGAUUCUUCUUAAUGCCCCUGUCUACUCCUACCAAGCGACAAAGUAUACCCAAAGAUGACAGUGGUGAUGCUAGUGUUAGUUCCUCUCCAAAGAACGAAAUACCGACCACUGUAGGAAUAUGCAUGGACAUCAACCCGUAUAAAUUCAUUGCCUCCUAUAGCGCCUGUGAAUUUGCAACGCAUGCUCGAACAAGCGGAGCUAAGCUAGUGGUUCUAUCCAUGGCAUGGCUGACACUAUUAAGCUCCGAAGAACUAUCUACGAUGGCCGACAAACCUGACAUGGAUACGUUCCAGUACUGGAUAUCCCGGUUUGCGCCUCUUUUCUUGCCUGAUGAAGGGGGUGUGGAGGACUCAUCUGAUGAAAUGGCUGAGCCCCAGGUCAUAAUCGUGUUUGCCAACCGGGCUGGGGAAGAAGAGGGACAGGAAGGCAAGGAUACUGCGAGGUAUGCUGGGUCAAGUUGUGUGGUUGGCAUCCGACGCUGCCCACGCAAAGUGGGGGACGAGGAGGAUGGGAAUAGAGUCGAGAUACUGAUAUGGGAUAUGCUUGGGGCCACAGAAGAGGGUAUCUGCCUGGUUGACACCGACUCAACGCCCAGAAUGGUCGGAUCUGUGAAGAUAUGA